AAUGGUCUUAUUUAAAUAACCUUUCCUUAGAAGUCGGUAACGUGUUUAACAUGAUAAUGUGUUUUAUUAGAAGCAAUUUUGAAAAAUUUUGAACUGAGACUAAUUUAGGGAAGUGUUGAAGCAAAGUAAUAUUGAUUUUUUAAGCAAAUAGGAAACUAAUGUGGGUCAAUUUGGAAGCAACUAUGAAGCAACUUUUCAUACAAUGAAAGGAUUUGAAACUGUUUUUGAAUGAACUGAGAAAAUUUAAAAAUGAUAUUUUUAAACAAAAAAAUAUAUUUGGUUUCAUUUGAAGUUUAAAAAAAGACAUUCCACUGUAUUCCACUUUUUUCUUCGAUCUGAUUUGUCUCUUUCGAAGUCAAAUUCUUACAAGUAGUGAGAUUGUUAGUUAAAGCUGCCAAGGCAUUUAUUUCUGACAAACUAUACUCGGGACUUAAUUCGCACCAGGAAAUUAAGUGUAAAGGUUGUGUAUUUCUGUUAUAGAAAAAUAUAAAAAAUGAAAGUUCCAUCCCUACAAGAUUUGGCAGCUUCUGAAGCACUGAAAGAUCUGGAUAUAUUAAAGUGUUAUGCUCAAUAUUUGCCUAAAGCUAUUCUUUAUGUUCUUGUAAAGAAAUGCUUCUUUAUUUCAAAAAAAAGGUUGGCAUUCUCGUUGUUGAUACAAAAUUGGCCAUUACCAGUAUUUUCCAUGCAGGACAUUGGAAUUGAGUUAAAAGAGGACGAUGUCAUUUUUAUUGCCUCGUUAAUUCAGAAAAGGCUAACAGGAUCAAUUCAAUGUUUCGAUUUGUUGUAUGAUAAAUUUGGGCAGCUAGACACGCAUGUAACUGAUGCGUUAGUGCGAAUGUUUUUAAGUAAUGCUCCAUUGUUGUCAAUUAACCACUACGGCCCUGUUGCAUCUACUUCGUAUAGCAGAGCAAUUGAUUUGGCAUGUGGAACAACUUGUUUACGAUGUGACAACAAUGUUAUGAAUGAUAAUGAAAUAGUUUGUAGAAUAUUUAACACAAAGGAUCAAAUUUACUCUUCAUUAGCAAUUAAAGUGGAAUUGGUUGUAAACAGUGACAAUGUGGACAAUGUUAUAGAGUUGUGUAAACAGCAAGAAAGUACAAGUGAAAAGAGCUGCAAUACACAAUUAUUAGUUUGUAGCUUGCAGUUCCAGUACACAUUUAGUAAAAAGAUUGCCAAGGUGUUGGCAAGUGUUGAUCAGGAAAAAUUGGAAAAGGUUGAUUUAAGUUUUAAUUGUUUGUCGGAAGGGAAACGUUUAAAAUAUAUAUGUUGUGAAUUGAAAAAUAUAUGUAAUUUAUCAACAUUAUGCAUUUCUUUUAACACCAUAUCGUCCUAUCAAUGUCACACUGUAGCUGAGUGUUUGCAGAUGCUGCCUAAACUGCAGUAUUUAGAUUGUUCGUUUAAUCGUCUUGGUGAUGGACUUGUUGAUAUACUGUCCGUAGGUGUACAGUCACAUUUUUUAACAGCCUUGAUAAUAUCUGGCUGCGAGGUUACUAAAUUGGUGGUAAAUGCUCUGCUGCAAUCAAAUAACCUUCACCAUUUGCAGAAGCUCAAGAUUGACCAAAAUCAUAGGAUCGGCAGGGAGAAAAAAUUGUUUCUUUUGUUUCUGGAAAAACUGAGUGGAUCCCUGCAAUACCUAGAUAUUUCAUCUUGUGCAUUCCCUUUGAAGGACCUCAUUAGUAUUUGUCCUGUUUUGUGCAAACUUCAGUAUUUACGUUGCUUAGUUGUAUGGCCAAACCCUGGUGUUACUGAAAACACUAUAAACGAUGAUAUAUUGCCACUGCUGAGAUGUUUAAAACAUUUAAAGACAGUUCCACCUAUUGGUGAUGUUGCCUUACCAUCAAAAUUGUUUUAUGUUGCUUAAAAAAACUUGUGUAUGCGAAGCUAUUAUGUUUACAUUUCGCUAAUACAUUGUUUUUAGUUUUUAUCUUUGUCUAUUUUGUUAAUUUAAUUUUUACUUUAUGUUGUAUUUUAAUAGAUGUAAUAUACCGACUCUAAUUUUAAAACAUAAAUUUGAUAAGAAGCUGUUAUCUUUAAUAUUAAUGUUUUUUGUUUUAAAACCUCUUUCUGGAGAACGUUAUAAAAUAAUUUUAUACUUUGUUCAUGCUUUCCAAUUCUCUUAAAUCUACUUAUGGUAAAAAUUGAUACUUUUAAAUAGUCUUGAGCAACCUGAACAAAACGUUGGCCAUAGUUUUAGGAAACAAUAGACCACAUAAAAUUUUUAAACUGCAACAUCAGUUGCUAGAGAUACUUCAAAUUUGUUAUUGUGAAAGUUAACGCAUGUUUAUUUAGUUAUUUAUAAUUUCACUCAGAGGAUAAAAUAUUCAAACUGUGAAAAAUAA